CUUCCUCUCCGAUCUUUCAGGAAUUAUAUAUGGCCAUAACUUCUAAAUUCCUUCCUGGAAAUAAUUCUGUUUUCUCUGCGUGAAUUAUUUAUGAUCAUUUGUAUGAACAAACAUGUUCUUGCUCUGCUAUAUUAACUAAAUGGAACUCAAUGCUGAAUAGAUUACAAUUGUCAACUGUUCGCUUUCGUUCAAUGAAUGAGUUCAGAUCACGUCGGCCGUUAAUUUUAUAUACAUACAUGGAAGCUACCAAGAAACUUCCCUUUGCCGCCCAAAUUGAUUAUAAAUCAUCGUGACAUAAACGUUAUUGAAUGACAAUCUUUCUUACGCAAGAAUUCAUUCCUCCAUUUCUGCGAGUUUAGAGAGAACUAACAAUGGCAACCAAAUUCCAUUCAGCUACUGAUUAUGGUAGUGGCCUAUAUAGAGCGCUUCUUGAUUUUAGUAGCUCCACCCUCACAAAACCCCAGAAGCGGUGGCGCAUUGCCUGUAUCGCCAUUCAUUUUUCUCUGUCUCUUGCCAAAUCUAUUAUUAAUGGACGAAGAAAUCAUAAAUAUUCUGAAAUUUCAGGCUCUACUUCUCACACUGUUCUUGAAAUUGAUACAGUCAGUAGCUUGGAUCUGUCAUCCAGUACAAAUUUAGUGCCUGAAUCUUGUUUUCCCAUCGUUGAUCAAACAAAACUCAGAGAUAUGGUGAAGAACAAAAGCAUGGACGAACUCCGACAAUUUGACGGCGUUGAUGGCAUUGCCAAGCUUCUGAAAACUGAUUUAGAAAAUGGAAUUCCUGGAGACGAAGAUGAUACGAAGAAACGGAGGACUGCAUUUGGUUCGAAUACGUACCAAACCCUGCCUCCCAAAGGGCUAAUGUAUUUCGUGGUCGAGGCAUUUAAGGAUACAACCAUUAUCAUCCUUCUUGCCUGCGCAGCUCUAUCUCUUGCAUUUGGUAUUAGAGAACACGGGAUUCAAGAAGGAUGGUACGAGGGUGGCAGCAUAUGUGUAGCUGUUUUUUUAGUUGUUGUAGUAUCUGCAGCUAGCAAUUUCAGACAGGAAAGACAAUUUGACAAGCUAUCGAAAAUAAGUAGCAAUAUCAAUAUUGAUGUUGUUAGAGAUGGGAGGAGGCAGAAGAUAUCAAUCUUCAACGUCGCAGUUGGGGAUGUAGUUUUCUUGACGAUUGGUGAUCAAAUUCCAGCAGAUGGUCUAUUCAUCGACGGACAUUCCUUUCAAGUGGACGAAUCGAGCUUGACAGGAGAGAGUGAUCAUGUGGAAGUCGAUUCCAAGCAUAAUCCAUUCCUGAUGUCGGGUUCAAAAGUGGCCAACGGAUAUUCACGAAUGCUAGUGAUAUCAGUCGGAAUGAACACGGCCUGGGGAAAGAUGAUGAGUUCGAUAACAAAAGAUUCUAACGAGCAGACUCCAUUACAGGAGCGCCUGAACAAAUUGACGACCUCAAUCGGGAAGGUAGGACUUUCUGUAGCUUUCCUGGUUCUUGUAGUCAUGUUGAUUCGUUAUUUCACUGGAAAUACCGAAGAUGAAAAUGGAAAUCAAGAAUAUAAUGGAACAAGAACAGAUUUAAAUGAUAUUUUCAAUUCUGUUCUUCGAAUUAUAUCAACCGCUGUUACCAUUGUGGUUGUCGCAAUUCCAGAGGGGCUCCCGCUGGCUGUCACCCUAACACUUGCAUAUUCAAUGAAGAGAAUGAUGGCUGAUCAGGCAAUGGUCAGGAACUUAUCGGGCUGUGAAACAAUGGGAUCAGCAACAGUUAUUUGCACAGACAAGACGGGGACAUUGACAAUGAAUCAAAUGAAAGUCACUAAGUUUUGGCUCGGCCAUGACAACAUGGAGGAAGAUCAAUAUUCUCAGGCUAUUGCCCUGGAUCUCCAGGAACUAUUCCACCAGGGAAUCGGUUUCAACACAACAGGGAGCAUUUAUAAACCGAAAUCAGAAUCUAUAAUCGAGUAUUCUGGCAGUCCAACUGAGAAGGCAAUUCUCUCGUGGGCCGUCCAGGAUUUGCAUAUGGAUAUUGAGAAGCUGAAGCAAAAUUAUACGAUUAUUCAUGUUGAAACUUUCAAUUCGGAGAAGAAGCGAAGUGGAAUUCUGAUUAAGAAAAAGGUUGAUAAUACCAACCAUGUGCACUGGAAAGGAGCUGCAGAAAUGGUGUUAGCAAUGUGUACACAUUAUUAUCAGGGUACAGGAGAAGUUAAGAGCAUAACUGAAAAUGAAAGGUCGCAAUUUGAAAAUAUAAUCCAGGGAAUGUCAGCAAGUAGCCUCCGGUGCAUUGCAUUUGCUUAUAAGCAAAUUGAACCAGAAAAAGUUCAGUGUGACGAAGAUGAUUUGACCUUACUUGGGAUAGUCGGCCUAAAGGAUCCCUGCAGACCAGGUGCAAAAAAGGCUAUCGAAUCUUGCAGAAUGGCUGGAGUGCAAAUCAAGAUGAUCACAGGAGAUAAUGUGUUUACAGCAAAGGCAAUAGCCACAGAAUGUGGGAUACUUUCAUCUGAUCAAGAACAUGGUGUUGGCGAAGUUAUAGAAGGCUCCGAGUUCAGAAACUACACACCAGAGGAGAGAUUUCUCAAGGUCAAUAAAAUUCGUGUAAUGGCGAGGUCUUCCCCAAUGGACAAGCUUAUGAUGGUGCAAUGCUUGAAGCUGAAAGGUCAUGUGGUAGCCGUUACUGGAGAUGGAACAAAUGAUGCACCAGCACUAAAAGAAGCUGAUGUAGGCCUUUCCAUGGGAAUUCAAGGCACUGAAGUAGCCAAAGAAAGUUCGGAUAUCGUUAUCUUGGACGAUGAUUUUGCAUCCGUGGCAACCGUAUUGAAAUGGGGUCGAUGCGUUUAUAACAAUAUCCAAAAAUUUAUUCAAUUUCAACUCACUGUCAAUGUUGCAGCCCUUGUUAUCAAUUUCAUUGCAGCUGUUUCAGCUGGUGAUGUUCCCCUAACUACGGUGCAACUCCUAUGGGUGAACCUCAUAAUGGAUACACUGGGGGCUCUUGCACUUGCUACAGAAAGACCAACAGAUGAGCUUAUGCAUAAUCCCCCGGUCGGUCGAACCGAGCCUCUAAUCACAAAGAUUAUGUGGAGAAACCUCUUGGCACAGGCUAUAUACCAAAUUGCCGUACUCUUAACCUUUCAAUUUAAAGGUAAAUCAAUCUUUAAUGUGGAGGAGAAGGUAAAGGACACAUUGAUUUUCAACACAUUUGUGCUUUGCCAAGUUUUCAAUGAAUUUAAUUCAAGAAAUUUGGAGAAGAAGAAUGUGUUUAAAGGGAUUCAUAAGAAUGGACUGUUUCUUGGAAUCAUUGCAGUAACUCUUAUUCUACAGGUUGUGAUGGUAGAGUUUUUAAAGAAAUUUGCUGAUACGGUGAGUUUGAAUUGGGUUCAAUGGGGAAUUUGUAUUUUGCUUGCAGCUUUUACAUGGCCACUUGGUUGGAUUGUGAAGUGCAUUCCAGUUCCUAAAAUGCCAUUUCUAAGUUACUUCAAAUUUUCACAUACAACUACAUGAUUUUACUCUGCCGGAGGGCAUAUAAAGCUUGCGUCUGUGGGCAGAAAAAAGCACCACGAAAUAAUGGAGAUUAAGAUUGAGAUUUUGGAACUUGGAUGGCAAAGAUUUUGUUGGACUGCGUCGAGCCUAAUUAUAGAAGUUUAUUUUGUAGUCAUGGCUUUUGAGUAUAUGUUCAUGUAUUAGGUCACUCAUAUUCUUACAAUAUAAAGAAUUUAUUAGGGGGCCCUUUUUGUGUGCAAGAUGUGUGCGAGAAAAUGAUAGCGAAAAUCUGUCAGAGUAAGUGGAUUUAGCUCUCACGUCGAGGGCCAACCAUUAAAAAUCUUCACGUUUUAUGCUCGUUUUUGUGUGCAAGAUGUGUGUGAGGAAAUGAUAGCGAAAAUCUGUCAGAAUAAGUGGAUUUAGCUCUCACGUUGAGGGCCGGCCACAAUAAAUCUUCGCGUGCUAUGCUCGUUUUUGGGUUCUUUUUGACGAACGGGCUGUAGGAGUAUUGGAACAUAUGGGCAUCAGCAGAUCAGCCAGCCCAGCUCAAAUGAUUUAGGCGCCAAAUUUAGUUAGAAGUUAGCUGUGUAUUAGCUGUGUACAGCUGUAUUAGUUGAUAGUUUUUUUCUAUUUAUACUCACCUAUGUACUGAACGAUUGAAUUGAAUGAGAAUGCUUUCCAUUUUACAGAUU